AUGCAUCACCAACGGACGUUCAUUCCCGAUUGCAGAAUGACCUCUGCCAAUAUUACACAGCCAGGAAAAUUAGCACAAGAUAUUGAAGAAUGGUGCCGUAGAGAAUUACGUUUCAAUGAUAAAGAUAUCCCACAACUUUUUAAUAUUCGGGAAGUCUGUAGAGGAAAUAUGAUUCCGAUAUGGAAAUUCCUGAUUCGCUUUGUUUAUCAUCCUGCAAAGGUUGAAAUUGUAAAAAAGAAUUUGAAACUGAGUGGAGUGAAGGUUCAGCAAGCGCUUGAAGAAGAACGAAAAAAGAAGGAACAAUUAAUACGAGAAAUUGAAAAUGUAAAGUCCAGAAUUAAUGAAAUUAAAUCCAACAAACUGCCAAGCAUGGAAGAUGAAAUUGAGACUCUCCGAAGAAAAAUCAAAGAAUUGCAAAACUCUCUCGAUAAAAAGAGAAAAGAACGACAGAAAGAAUCUCAAGAGAAUUAUUUAAUGAAAGCCUUCGAUGAACAAUGUAAACAUAACAUUUCAAUUAUUAAUGAAUAUAACUCAAGGUUGAACGAGAAUUGUACAAAUAUGAGAAAUGUGAAAAGUGUAAAUAUGACUCAACUUCGAAAAGUAAUGGAAGAACGAUUGAACAAGUCAUUUAAUUUAUUCAAGAAAAAUCCUACUAUGGGCCUUCAAGAAAUUGAUCUGUCUAACCUCCAACUAGAUGUUGAAUAUCUUCACAAUAUUCCUCAAUUUUUAGAUUUCAUGUCUGACAUUAACAAGGAAAAUAUUAUCAAUGUACACCACUUGGCUGAAAAAGUCAUCAUGAUGAAUCAAAGGACUGGAAAAGAAAGAUUAAUGGAGGUUGAAAGAUUACUGGAAAUGGAACGAAGAAAGCACAUUACUAGAUUUACUGAAACAGAGUCAUUAUCCAAAUCUACUGAAGAGAUACGAAGGUCAUACGAAAAGCAAAACGAAAGUCUUUCAGAAAUGACAAGAAGUAUUGUUGGGGACAAGUCUGUAUACAUUGAUGAAUUACGGAGAAAGGAAAUUGAACUUUGUCAAUUCAGGGUUGUUCGAAUCAUUUUAGAGGAAUACAUUGCUUCUCUAACGCAGGAGAGAGAAGAAAAAAAGCAAAUUCGUCAGCAUUUGAUCCAAAAACAACAAGACAUUCACAAAUUGAUAGAAUUCAGAAAAGCUAAAUAUGAAAAAAUUCAACAACUUUCCCAUGAGUGUGACAGAAUGGUAAGGAAUUACACGAAACAACAGGAAUAUAUUCAGAGAUUGAUUUCAGAGAAGAUACCUCGUCUCUCAGGGCCCUUUACUUCCAUUAUGGAAAUACUGGGAAGCAUCAUUGAGAAUGAAUGUAAUUUGGUGUCUAAAAUACCCAUUGAUUAUCUGAUACAUACGGAGUGUGGAGAAAAAAGAGUUUUGCGAAAAGAUCUCUCCAUAUUUGUGCAAGACCAUCUAGGCACUCCUCUAAAAGAGCUUACAAAGAGUUUGAACUUUUGUGACUUCAAGGCUAUUGAAUACCUACUUCCUCAUGUCAUGAACACGAAGAAAGAAUUAACCGCAUUAGAGAAUGAAAAAGCAAACAUGACUGAGCUUGUUUCUCACAUGCAAUCGUUCGAAGAACAACUUGGGGAGGAUGUCACGCAACAAAUUAUUCAAGACAACAAUGAACUGGAACAAACUCAAAAAGAGCACUGGCUUCCACUCAUCAAAAGAACAAGACAAGAGUGUGAACAUUUCAAGAGUGAGGUUGAGAAUGUACAUACUUUAUCUGAAGUGUGGCUGAACAAUCCAGUUGUUAAGGAAAUUGAUUGGAAAGAAAUAAUUUCCAUGAACAGUAAAAAAUAG